ACCGCGUGAGAAAGUUGCCAUUGAAGGGAACUACAGCAGGACAGAGGACUACUGCUGAUCCUCUGCCGCCGCCGCCGCCGCCGUGGAAGUAGUUGUUAGCCAAACUAACAACAUAUUUCCUUUUUUUCCCCAGUAAAAGUGGACGAGGACGUACAUAUACACCAAAAUUACGAUUCCACGAGUCAAGUGUUGACUCUUCACCGCAAUUAACCCAGCGCGGAUUCGUUUCUUUGGGUCUACUUUUUCCCUCACUCGGAAUAUACACAGGACUACCCUCACCCGGUUCUUCGUCGACGGGGGAGCAGGGAAGAAAAAACCCGAAAGAGGAGCACGGUAGCCGGUUUGUUUUGUUCCGGAUGGCUUGGUGAGCCGGAGCAGCCCUAUACUUCACCCCGAGUUUUGGUGCUUCGAAAGUGGGGGGCCUUGCUUGAGACGGAAACGGGAGCACCCCCCUCUCCCCUCUCCGGAGAUAACAAUGUUCCCCCAGGGGCGACACCCGACGCCCCAUCAGGCUCCGGGCCAGCCCUUUAAGUUCACCAUUCCUGAAUCCCUGGACCGCAUCAAGGAGGAGUUUCAGUUCCUGCAGGCCCAGUACCACAGCCUGAAGCUGGAGUGUGAGAAGCUGGCCAGUGAAAAGACUGAGAUGCAGAGACACUAUGUCAUGUACUACGAGAUGUCAUAUGGCCUCAACAUCGAAAUGCACAAACAGACCGAGAUCGCCAAGAGACUGAACACCAUCUGCGCACAAGUCAUCCCCUUCCUCUCGCAAGAGCAUCAGCAACAGGUGGUCCAGGCGGUGGAGCGAGCCAAGCAGGUGACCAUGGCUGAGCUCAAUGCUGUCAUCGGGGUACGUGGACUACCCGGUCUACCACCUACACAGCACCUAUCACACAAUCAUGGCGGAGCCCCCGUGCCCCUCACACCUCACCCGGCCGGCCUGCACCCCUCUCAGCUAGGUGGUUCGGCCGGUCUCCUGGCACUCUCCGGAGCGCUCGGCGCUAUGCCUCCCCAUCUGGCAGGGAAAGACGGCGCUGAUAAAAAGCCUCACCUGUCUGGCCCAGACUCGCACCCCGGAGGACCUGAUCACCUGAGAGAACGGGAGCCUGGCACAAGUAACUCCUUGCUGCCCGAAAGUCUUCGGAACUCGGACAAGCGGCGGAAUGGACCCGACUUUUCGAAUGACAACAAGAAGCGCAAAGUGGACGACAAGGACUCGAGCCACUAUGAUAGUGAUGGGGAGAAAAGUGAUGACAAUUUAGUGGUGGAUGUCUCAAAUGAGGAACAAGCCUCCCCUCGCGGCACACCCCUCCCCUCCCCGAGAGAGAAUGGCCUGGAUAAAGCACGCCUCCUCAAGAAGGACCCCUGCAGUCCUGCUUCGACUGCCUCAUCUGCUAGCUCCUCCUCACUCAAAUCCAAAGAGAUGGCAAUGCGGGACAAAGCAGGGACCCCCGGGCUCAAGUCAAGCACGCCCACGCCAAGAGGCGAUUCCACUCCUGGUCCAAGCUCCACACCUGGUGUCCGGCCGAGCCUAUCAAAACCUCCGUCCAUGGAGAUCCCUCAUCCACCUACAGGUCUGAGGACGCCCCUGGCGGUACCCGGUCCAUACCCAGGCGCAUUUAGUAUGUUGCCCCACGCGGCGGGGAUGAAUGGCGAGCUCGCCGGAGCAGCCAGCGCUGCUGCCUAUGCUGCUGGACUACACAACAUUUCCCCGCAGAUGAGCGCUGCUGCUGCUGCGGCUGCGGUUGCCGCCUACGGCCGGUCACCAAUGGUUGGCUUUGAUCCUCACCCUCACAUGCGAGUUCCUGGAAUGCCUCCCAGUCUGACAGGAAUCCCUGGUGGCAAGCCUGCCUAUUCCUUCCACGUGGCAGCUGACGGACAAAUGCAGCCGGUGCCCUUUCCUCCAGAUGCGCUGGUAGGGCCCGGGAUCCCUCGCCACGCCCGCCAGAUCAACACGCUCAACCACGGGGAGGUGGUCUGCGCCGUCACCAUCAGUAACCCCACGAGGCACGUCUACACUGGUGGGAAGGGCUGUGUCAAGGUGUGGGACAUCAGUCACCCCGGCAACAAGAGCCCCGUGUCGCAGCUCGACUGCUUGAACCGAGACAAUUACAUCCGCUCCUGUCGCCUCCUCCCCGACGGUCGAACGCUGAUUGUGGGCGGCGAGGCCAGCACUCUGUCCAUCUGGGACCUGGCCACGCCCACCCCCAGGAUUAAGGCCGAGCUGACAUCAUCAGCGCCGGCGUGCUACGCUCUGGCCAUCAGCCCCGACUCCAAAGUCUGCUUCUCAUGCUGCAGUGAUGGAAACAUCGCAGUGUGGGAUUUACACAACCAGACACUGGUUAGGCAGUUCCAGGGCCACACAGACGGAGCCAGCUGUAUUGACAUUUCUAACGAUGGCACCAAGCUGUGGACCGGAGGCCUGGAUAACACCGUGCGGUCCUGGGAUCUGAGGGAGGGACGUCAGCUGCAGCAGCACGACUUCACCUCACAGAUCUUCUCUUUGGGCUACUGUCCGACAGGAGAAUGGUUGGCUGUUGGCAUGGAGAGCAGCAAUGUGGAGGUCCUUCACGUCACCAAGCCGGACAAAUACCAGCUGCAUCUUCAUGAGAGCUGCGUGCUCUCGCUGCAGUUUGCUUACUGCGGUAAAUGGUUUGUGAGCACCGGGAAGGAUAACUUACUAAAUGCAUGGAGAACUCCUUAUGGUGCCAGCAUAUUCCAGUCUAAAGAAUCCUCCUCGGUCCUCAGCUGUGACAUAUCCGUGGAUGACAAAUACAUUGUCACUGGUUCCGGGGACAAGAAGGCCACUGUCUACGAGGUCAUCUACUAAUGUGGAGUGAAGGCAAUUACUUCUCCUCUUCCACGAAUGAUAAAAAAUGUCUUUGUUUUUUGUUUUGUUUAUGCGGAACUUGAAAUCACAGACAAAAGUCACCUUCUAUGUGGCGUCGUCUGGUCUUUGUUCUGUCAGUUUGGAAUGAAAGUGGAGGCGGGCGGAUAUUACUGGAAGCAGUUAAAGUGCUGCCGAGGACCGUGCCGGGAUCAGUUACGCUGCAUUUAUGGUUGUUGUUAUUAUAGCGGGAGCAGCUCUUGCAUCGUAAACACUGAAGCUCCGGUCGGUGAAAAUGUAGACAAGCGACAGGAGAUACAAAAGGUGCACGGAAGCCAAGGAGAAUCUGGGACAAGAACAUCAAGGGAACGCUCCCUCCUUUGGAGUUUGAACUGGAGACGACCACAGUGUGAUGUCCCACUGAAAUGCCUCUGCUGUCUUUUUUUUCUGUUUUUUUUUCCCACCACCCACACUAACUACUUCAAGAUCGAUCGAUUCCUGUGUUUUUGUUGACUGGGUUCCCCAGAGGCACAACAUGUUUUUGCAACUGAAAGCAUCGGAUGACCACACCAGGAAACUUUAUUUAUAAAGAAUGUCUCCCUAAUUAGGCUUUCGAUCACCUUUCCUUGAUCAGAUAUUGCAAAAAUGAUUUGAUUUGAAAAGAUAAAUAUAAUAACAAGAUGGGAAAAUCUCUCCCUCUGUGAGCGUUCUGAACUCCUGUUGCCACAUUGUCGUGGAUGUGUAGCUCCGCUUCCGUUCUUCUUCAAGACAGCAAAUGAGUCCAGACUGAAUCAACAGUGCCUCUGCUGGCUACAGCCAAGUAUUGCACUUCAUUCUGCCUCCAUUGCUUCAUUCAUCAACAAUCCAUCAGUGAUGAAGCCAUCCCGACUGCUAAUUCUCCUAUGAUCGAGGUUGAAUUCAUGUUUUCAUUUGCUUAAUCCGUACAUUUCCUAACACAAAUGACCUUUAAACAAAAACUAAACUAACAAUAAGCGCCAUUCCAAAAUACUGUAGUUGAAUCAACAACUAUAUUGUACGUUCCUGUCACUUUAAGACAACAUGCUACGUGAGGGUCCCCGAGAAUUUUUUAUUUUUUUUUCCCACAAAUAAUCCCAGGAAUACUUCUGCAUUCCGUUCACAAUUCCUCGUAUUCUUCAGCAAACAAAAUGCACUGUUGUCUGUCCAUGAAUGACUUGCAUCAGUGUUUGUUGUGUUCCAUCUUGAUAAUUCCUGCCCUUUUUUUUAAUCUUAUUUUUGUCCGUUGAAUGUUUGUAAAAAUGUAUAUAUGUCUUUUUCUUUUUUUUUUUUCUUACAGUACAUUCUCUAGAAAGAGCUUUUUUUUGUACAUCUUUUACAUGGAAAACAAAAUGUGGACCAACAGAAGCUAAAAUGGUCUUAAUAACAGCUAAUCUGAAAGUUUAGAUAAUAAUAAAUGGUGUUUUUUAUAUAUAAUUGUGUCUUUUGCUUUUGUGAUUUCACCAUUUGGACCAAACUAAAUACUGUAGUUAUUUUUCCCUGCAGGGCGGGGGUUCUCAACAAGUAUCACUACAAAACUACAUGGCUUUCCAAGUCCCACCAUUUGUUAACACUUUCACUUUCAUAUACAGUGGUGUGGAAAAGUGUUUGCCCCCUUCCUGAUUCUUUUUUUUUUCACGUUUGUCACACUUAAAUGUUUCAGAUCAUCUAUCAAAUGUAAAUUUUAGUCAGUGACAACACAACUGAACACAAAAUGCAGUUUUUAAAUGAAACUUUUUAU